ACAAGUAAAAGCAGACUUUGACAAUGAAAUUCUUCAGUCUGAGGCUCCCUCCAACAGGGCUCUUAAAACGUUUAUAAAGAAGUGGAACCAUAUCUAACAGAACCAAACGUAAAAUACAAGUGAGCACAAAAUCACCCCAACUACCCACCACUGUUUACAAAGGUUUAGGAGGAAAUACUUAUAAUUGGUGUACAGAUCCUACAGGCUCGUUUUUAAAGGGAAUAUUUUCUCUUACAGUCAUAGGGGGGCAUUCUUUAAAAAUCUUCUGAACUACAGUCAAGGUUUUCAAACCAUCUUCAUCGGGGAUUGAUCCUUAAGAAAAACUCUGUCACUGACUGGAGCGCUCUUUCCGGUCACGUGCCUCCCUCGAUACACCGCACAGCUGAUCGCGACGUCACUCGUCAACAUGGCGGACUGGAAUAGAGGUCAUGGCUCUGUGGACGACAUGUUGGAUGCUGAAAACAAGCGGCUGGCUGAGAACUUGGCCACCAAAGUCUCUCGACUGAAAUCUCUGGCGUACGAGAUCGACAGAGAGGCAGACGACCAGAACGAGUAUCUGGACAGCAUGGACUCGAACUUCCUGAGUGCGACUGGUCUGCUGAGCGGCAGCGUGAAACGUUUCUCCACCAUGGUCCGAUCUGGCAGAGACAACCGCCGCAUCCUCUGCUACGUGUCUAUGGGCCUGGUUCUGGUCUUUUUCCUUCUUUACUACCUGGUAUCCAGGAUUCAACGCUGACCAGAAAACCAGAUCACUGAGGAGCUGGUGCUGAUAGGCAGCUCAGACUCUGAAGUUAUAAUCACUGCUGUGGUCCUCCAGCACAGGAGAAGACUUUUUAUCCCCUGCCAAAGUGAGAAAAAAAAACAAAACAGGAAGUUGACAGGAAACAUUUUGUUGAAUUGUUGAACUGACCAGAAGGGGGUGUCAGCCAGCUUAGCAGGGAAAUAAAAGCACUGGAGUUUAUUUAAAAAAGUACAAAAAAACCAUGUCUGGACAUCAGGGCUUUUCCACUUGGCACUGCCUUUGUCCCUUCAUGCUGUAGAAAAGAAGUUCUAAUAUGAGCAAAGAGAAGGUCGAGCCUGAACGCAGCUCAGGUGGGAGUGGAGCCCACCUGAACUGAGUGUGAUUGGCUGAUUAACCUGUCAGUCAAGACAAAUUUACCCAUAGCACUUUUUGUGACAUGAAAGCUUUGUCUCAGUUCCAGACUACACAAUAAUUUAAAGCAAUUUCUGAGUUGUGUGGAAAACAAACACAAAUAUAUAUAUAUAUAUAUUACAGAGCAAGAAACUGUUGGUUUACACUGUCUCAAUGAACAGAGGAAAUGAAAGAACGAGGUCUGAUGGUGAGACAGCUGCAGAGAGGUCAGGUGGAAAAAUAUUCAAAUCUCUGUGACACAUUGUGAAAAAGAGAUUUUUUUUUCUUUUUCGGUGUGAUAUUCCAAAGUCAAUAUUUGACUGAUGUUGACAUACAUGUAUUUCUGGUCAAAACAAAAUAGAAAACUAUUAUCAAAGAUGUUUUUUUUAUUUAAACAGAAACCCUAUUGUAUGACAAUUAAUAUUUAAUGUCCACUGUUUGCCAGUUUGUGUGUAGUGUAGAAUUUGGACACAGCCGGUGACGAUCUGAUUGGGAGAGCAGAAGCAACACGCUAUCUGCUAUUGGCUGGACUUUAGUGCAACAAGUGAUGUUACCAUAUGUGGGAGGACUCUCAAACAACCUUUAGCUCAACUGUUUCGUGUUUCUUUUUUUAACACCUCAAUAUGUUAACAAAAGUUUGUGUUUUCUUUUGCAAGCAAUUAGUGAUGUUUUAUUGAUCCUGCAGCUGAUUGACCAGAGACAUAACUAUACGCAGAUACUCACACCACAUAUUGUAAUGGGAUUAUAUUAAAUGUUAAAAAGUUGCUGUUUAUGGUGUA